AUGUCUGUUGGCCACCGUUAUGAGAAGUCGGACACACCCGAUGGAUCAGGCUUGACGUGGAUCUUUGAUCAUUGCCUUCGUUACGCCGAUUGCUACGAGAUCUCCCUUCGUGCUGCAUACGAACUCAAUAGCCAGCCAGUGCAUAAUGCUAUGGGUGGCUCCACUAUGCCUCGGACGUCUUCCCUCUUUUCAGCCCGCAAUUCCGUCUGGUCUAAGAAUUCUCGCAACUCCAAAGCGUCUUGCUCCUCCGACGCUUCCUCACACGACACCAAUGCCGAAUUCCGAGCCUGUUUGACCCGAACCGUUUCCGAGUUGCCUUCUCAGCCUUGCACUCUCCCGCCGAGCUUCAUCAUCUCCUUCGUGCGCCGCUGCUUUUGUUUGGAUCUGGCCUAUGUCGACUUCGCCCAGGCCUUGACGGCUCUUGAUUACAUUAGGGAUCUUCAAAACCGCUGGAAAAAAGAGACUCAAGCCGCCUUUAAUAGACUCAAUGUCGGUCCUGCCGAUGUCCGUGAUCCUGAGAGCUCCGAAUUGGCUCGCGACUACCCCAAUGUACUAGAGUGGUACAAAGAGCUCAGCUCCAAGGCACGCACCAUUGAUUUCAUAUACACUCAAAUCUAUGUCGGCUUGCGCCGUUGGGUGCUUGUCAAUGAGAUGAUGCUAGAGCCGUUUAACAAGGCCAACUGCCUCGCACUUCUUAACACUUUGUUCCCACCUAUUCACCCCGGCAGCACUGCUCCAACACAGCAGUGUUCGAUCGCGGCCCUUCAAGCCCAUCGCGAUACUUUCUUCAGUCUUAUCACAAAUUUCGAGGCCGAUCCCUCGAUCCUGGAACCUAUCAUGGCGCAGGGCGCUCGACCAGGUGAAGAGAACGGAUGGCCCGCACUUCAUGAGGCCAUUGAACGAUAUAUGACUGCCGUCCUCGAGACAAUCGACGAGUGCACUUUGGUCACCGAGCCAUGCCAGAUUGGCAGCUCCGGCGUGCAACGCCGCAUCGACUCGGGCAUAAGCUUCACAUCCCGUCCUAGUGGUCCCUCAUUUGAGGAGGCCGAAAAGGAGGACGAAAAGCCCCUUCCCCAUUUCCCAGAGUUGAGGCAAAGCGCCAGCAAGUAUGGCUCGUUCCUGGAUAGAUUCGCACUCUCGGGGUGGAACAAGAAGAAGGAUCUGGCGAAGGAGCAGGGAAAACAAAACAAGAAGGAGCAAAGCAAACAAGAGAAAGAGCUAGCUCGCAGCCUGAAGAAGAUGCAGUCGUGUAAAGAGCUCAGCAGCACCAAGGCCUCAGCUCGCUUCAACAAGAAAUUCUCCUUUGAAUUGACCGAUGAGAAGCGCGCACGUAUGAUUCAUGAAGCCAAAUCUCGCAAGGCAUCCAUCGACUCUGGGGUCGCUGAACCCGUGAUUGGCCAGGCCAUAUAA